CGUAACUUUUAGACGAGUUUUGACACUUGAUUAACUGUCAAAUUUCAGAGCUGCCAACAUUACGCUUCCGGUUGCAAGCUCCCUUUCUUUCUCGAUCAACUCACAAGAAUGGGUAUAAGCCGUGAUAGUUAUCACAAGAGGCGGGCCACUGGUGGCAAGAAAGCCGCCAUCCGCAAGAAGAGGAAGUAUGAAUUAGGACGCCCUGCCGCCAACACUAAGAUUGGUGCAAGCCGUAUCCAUUUCGUACGUACUCGUGGAGGAAACCGCAAAUUCCGAGCUCUCCGUUUGGAUUCCGGCAACUUUGCGUGGGCUUCGGAGGGAACCGCCCGUAAGGCACGCAUCAUCGAUGUUGUGUACAAUGCUUCCAACAACGAGCUGGUACGUACCAAAACGCUGGUAAAGAAUGCCAUCGUGGUGAUCGAUUCAACGCCGUUCCGCCACUGGUACGAGAGCCACUACCUGCUACCGCUGGGAAAGAAACGUGAGGUGAAAGCCGGCGAGGAAGACGUCCUGGCUAAGAAGCGCAGCAAACGUGUACUGAAGAAGUACGUUAAACGACAGAAGACUGCCAAAAUCGAUCCCGCGCUGGAGGAACAGUUUAACGCUGGUCGACUGCUCGCUGUAAUUGCCUCCCGUCCCGGCCAGUGUGGCCGUGCUGAUGGUUAUCUGCUGGAAGGAAAGGAGUUGGAGUUCUAUCUGAAGAAGAUUAAGAAUAAGAAGUCGAAGUAAACUGAUGGUAGGGCUACAGGAAUGCGCUGUGAAGGCAAGUGUAUGUAACGUGUAAGUGUAAGAUCUUUUACACUCCUGAGAGUGUAAAGUUACAUUAGCAACACUCUGGAAGAAAAGGGAAUAAAAGGAAAGGAAUCAUAAAAA